GAAAUUCAUCGAGAUCAACAUCAUUGAGGAAGAUAGCUACGAGAAGGACGUCCUCUUUUAUGUUGACAUCGGAGAGCCUGUCGCCAGCGGAGAACCCCCAGCCAAACCCCAAAGAAAGAAAAAGUCUAUAAAAGGAGAUGACGACGACUUAGGCUUCGAGUUCGCCAACAAGGACAGUGAACUGACGGAGGAUGAAAAGAUCGCGCUGCUGGGCAAGCCCAAGCUGGGCAACGCCACCCGCACCCAGAUCAGGAUCAAGGAGAACAAGGAAUACCGGAACAUGGUGGACAAGCUGGUGAAGAAGGCCAAUGCGUCCAUGCUCGUCGGGUCCUCGUCGUGGAGGGAGCAGUUCACUGAAGCCAUCACCGUACAGGCCGGCGAAGAAGGGGACGACGAGGACGAGGAGGGCGGCGAGGAGGUCCUUCCCUCCUGCAUGGAUUACGUCAUGCACUUCAUCACCGUCUUCUGGAAGGUCUUGUUCGCCUUCGUUCCUCCCACGGAUUACGCCAAAGGUUAUCUCACUUUUGUCAUAUCCAUCUUGGGUAUUGGUCUCCUGACUGCAUUUAUCGGUGACCUCGCCUCCCACUUUGGCUGCACCAUUGGCCUUAAGGAUUCUAUCACGGCUAUUGCCUUCGUGGCUCUGGGCACCAGCGUUCCAGAUACUUUCGCCUCCAAGGUGGCGGCCCAACAGGACCCUUACGCUGACGCCUCCGUCGGCAACGUCACGGGCUCCAACGCCGUCAACGUCUUCCUGGGUAUCGGCAUUGCGUGGACCAUGGCCGCGAUCUACCACAACGUGCAGGGCAGAGACUUCGAAGUGUUGCCCGGAAACCUGGCCUUCUCGGUGACACUGUUCUGCGUGGAAGCCCUCGUGGCCAUCGCCGUCAUGAUGAUUCGGCGACACCCCAAGAUUGGAGGUGAGCUCGGCGGGCCCAGGACGCCGAAGUUGGUCACCUCCGCCUUCUUGGUCUUCCUGUGGGUGUUCUACGUCCUUAUGUCCACCCUCGAGGCCUACAGCUUCAUCCCCUCAAUUGGAACAGCCAAGUAGGCGGGCUCCCUCAGCCCUCACUUGUUGCACCGUGUUAACGGGCUGUCGCGGACCGGAGACCGCCGCCUCACCAACGCCCACAGCGCCAAACUUGCAUCUCGUCUUUGCACAAACUUAGUUCAGCGACAGUGAAAGAGUGGUGCUCCAGCCACUACCGUCGUUUACAACUGUGGCCUCGCCGUGAUGGUGGCCCCCCUGGCAGCGUGCCCCGGCCACCCCAGCACCCAACCCGCCGGCGGCAACGUCAGUUGAAGCCGGUGGCCCCACCAAACCUCCCGGCGGCUACACCAAGUUUUUGGCAAGAUCAGACAGAGAAACAUCCACCCUCAUUCCUUGUAUGUUAAGAUCAUUUGUUUCUUUUCGGCAGCACAUGGACGAUUGUUUUCACCGAGUUGCUACUGUGUGCUCCCCCUCCCCCCUUCCCCCGCCUCCUCCGAAGUGUCGCCUCGUUAAUAACACUCGUUGUCUCGCUUAGUUGACACUCCAUCACCGGUACUGCUAGUUUGACUGCUUGACAUCCCCCUCCUUCAAUGCCUCACCGCCACCCACCCUUCCAACCACCACCAUCACCUCCGACACCACCACCAUGACCAUCACCGCCACAAAACCACCCCCACCACCACUACCACCACUCAGCCGCCGUAGGAUCGUAAGUCUCGUUGGGAUCGUGGAGUACAAGCCAGCCAGUCACUCACUCAGUCAGUAGUUUGCGCAUAAUUAAUUGAAGCGGAAGAAAGUGUGUACUAAUCAAAAUAUCUGGAAAAAGCUAAACCAUUCAGAUGAGUGCCUUCAUAUCUCAAAAUACUAAUUAUUAUAAUCUUUUUGAGGUCCACUAGUCUCGCUUUUUUGUUUCUAGAGGCCAGACAUGGACACUCGCUGGCCAGACCACGCUGGACCAGCCCUGUGUUUGAAAAAAUAAUGUAGCUACUACUACUACCAUUACUACUACUACUAUUACUACUACUAGUACCGUAAUUACUAGUGUCAACACUACCACUACUACUACAUUACUACUACUAACACUACUUCUGUCACCUCUUGCUAACUACUACUACGACUACUACUUCUACUACUACUACUACUACUACUACUACUGAUACUACUACUGAUACUACUACUACUACUACUACAACUAUCAUGCAUAAAUAACUCAGAAAGAGUUAUCCCGUCAUCCAUCACAUUUGUUAUUCAUCACACCCUUCAUCAUCACCCUGAGAAGCGUGUUAUUAUUAUAAUUAUUAUGAUUCUCUCUCUCUCUCUCUCUCUCUCUCUCUCUCUCUCUCUCUCUCUCUCUCUCUCUCUCUAAUAUAUGUAUAUAGAAAAUAUACAUAUAGAUAGCUGAAUGGAUAGCUUUUCCCAUUCUCUUGUUUUUUUUCUCCCUCACUUUCUCUAUCUUUGUCUCUUACGAUAAAGAAAAAAAAACAUUUGAAAAAAAAUCGAAGAACGUCAUUUUCGUUGGGAGUGUUACAUGUUUUAUGUUCGAUAAAAAAAUGUUGAAUGUUACUCUAUUAUUAUUGAUAAGGUCCACAACCUUUCUGGGUAAAACGAUGGAGCAAUCAUCAGUGGGUAUUCUAGGUAAUAUGAUUGUCAAAUGUUACAAUGCUGAAACCACUUACUUCCCGUUUACUUCUGUAUAUGUGUAUGUAUGUAUGUUCUUCCCCUACGCCCCCCCCCCCCUUCUCUCUCUCUCUCUCUCUCUCUCUCUCUCUCUCUCUCUCUCCCUCAUAAAAUUUUCUCCCCCCAUGCUGCUCUAUGGGUCAAGUAUUAGUCUCCUUCUUUGGUCUCCGUAAGUCUCUGUAUAUACUCCUCAGAACUUGCUCUGUAAAUAGAUUGUUGUAUAAAAAGUUCCGUGACCGACCGUAGUCAGUUUUGUACGCGAACCGGAAUCUUUCAAACGUUGAUAUUGAUGAAACACACACAACUCUUGCCAGUCGAGAGUUCUUAUAGCCGGUGGCGUCAACACCAUUUUCUUAGUCAACUUACUCAACUCAGCUCGCUCGUAACUAACUCCGGAGCGACAGCAAACUAAAAGACAAAACCAAGCCUCCAUUUUCUUCUCUUUUUUCCUCAUUAUCUUUCUCUCGUUGCCAGGCAUACUCAGGAUACAAUAUGGUAUACCUCUUCCCACCCACCUCUUUCUACCUCUAAAUAUGCCCAUCUUCGUUCUGAAUUUCUCUCUCUGCCUAUCGAUCUGUCUCAGCCGCCGCCUUCACUUGUCCCGCUCACGAGGUGUUUGAAAGUCUGCCGUGAUCCUAACAGCCAUAUUUUCUGGAGCAAAUGGUCGUAUGUGUUUGUGACGGAGUUUUUGACCCACGUGGCUUCCCUCCGAGUCCCGCGCCGCUGUGUGCCGGGACAAGGCGGAGCUGCACGAUGACGCCGACUUAGAGAGUAGUUCUUGGACAGCAACACUAUUUUUUUGAAACUUAGUUGAUUAAUGAUAGUCGAUGAAUGGCUCCAGCAGGUGCAGCUGACACACCUGGGGGAUCAUAUAUAUAUUAUCACGUUCAGCAGCAUAAUAAUAUUUCUGAACAUUUUUUUUUUCCUUGUUGUUGUGUUCAGAGUUUUUCAUUUGCUCAGGCCCGUGUUGGCUGCACACUUCAGCCAAAAAAGUAUUAAGUCUCGUAACCAUUAAACAAAUAAAAAAAAUGUCAUGAAGUUUGUCCUUUUUAAUAAAAGUGCCAACGUUAGCGUGAGGGAUACGUCGUCAGGGCAAAAUAACUAAAGGAAAAAAAAGAAUAAGAAAAUGCGACGCUUGUCAUGUUCGGGGUGUGUGAGAAAUCUUCAGAAAGUUACUACUAAAUAAACUUUAGGAACCUCCUCGCCGCGGCCACUCGCCUGCCGCAGUGGCCGCGCUGCGUCUCUCAGCGCCGUUUUCAUUAGUCUACCAGGAACAACUGACAUGCAUUUUUCCUCGUCUAUGUAUUCUCCUUGCGUUUCUUAAAGUUAGCAAUAAAAAGGGUAUAACAAAAAAC